GAAGUGAAGCUGUAAGCUACAGUCACUCUGACUGUCUUAUGGGCUCCAGACUCUGUAAUCAGCUCUUUCAUGCAUCAUAUGUUUCAGGAGCUUUUGGAACAGAGUGGAGUGUGAAGUACAACCAACAGGAAAUCUGUGCUUUAAAUGGAUCCACAGUGUUUAUGAACGGAACUUUUACUCACCCAGAAGGUCUCACAGUGACAAAGAGUUUCUGGACUAUAGACCCAGUUCCAGGGGUGGAGCUGACUGAUCUGAGUAAAGACCCAGAUUAUUCAGGCAGAGUCGAGUGUUUAACUGAUAAACAGAAACACUUCUCCCUCAAACUGAGUGAUGUGAUGAAGAAGGAUGAACAUCGGUUCUGCUUCAGAAUCAUAACAAAUGAAGAAAAAGAAAGAUGGCUGGGUGAACCUGGAGUUCAGCUCAGAGUUACAGAGCUCCAUGUAGAAGCUCCUGUAGAAGUGACCGAGGGACAAACAGCAGAUCUGACAUGUAAGACCACCUGCAGUCUGACUGACCCAACAUUCAUCUGGUACAAAAAUGGACGUCCUUUAACCACAAAGACCAUCAAGAACAACCAGCUCCACCUGCAGACGGUCAGCAGUGAGGAUGCAGGCAGUUAUAGCUGUGCUGUAGGAGGAUCUCAACACCUCCGCUCUACUGCUCACAGCUUCAGAGUCAGAUUUUGUGGUCUUAUUUAA